UGACGCCGGACCAGGUCCUGGCGGUCGCCGCCGCAGUGCCUGACGUCAGCGCUGACGCGGCGGGGACGCCCGACGUGCGGGGCGCGACCCCGGGGGAGCGCCUCGCGGCGGCGAAGCACAAGGUGCUGGUAACGGUCGGGGCGUUGAAGGAGAUGCAAGCGGCGCUGCACAGAAGCGUCCGGGGGGCGCUUGCAGGGGCGGUGGUGUUUUCGCGGGAGCUUCCGCCGAAGCUCAACUCCGUCAUCCAGCCGUUGAUGGCAUCAGUGCGGUUUGAGGGGGAAGCGAGUCUGCAGUUGCCGGCGAGUAGGGCCAUUGCAGAACUGGUGCUCCUCUGCAGGGGCCGCACGCCCAGCCCCAACGACAAGGUUCUAAAGAAUGUGUGCGGGCUCGCGUGCGCGGACCAAGCCGAGACGCCGGUGGUGACGUCAGAGGAAGGGGAGAACGAAGAGGAGACGGACGGUGUGAAAAAGGGCGAAGGGGAGGGUGGGGAGUUGUUGGAGGGGGCUGUCACGCGGCGGGGGGCUGAAGCGGUCCUGUCAGAUUUGUGCAAUCGAUUAGGUCCCGCAAUUUUCGAGGCGCUUCCCAAGCUAUGGGAGUGCAUGACCGAGGGCCUGGUUCUAGAUGACGCCAGGCCAACCGACCUCAAACCCGCAGACUCGAAGAGUUUAGAACCUCACUCAAUUCCUGCAAAACCCCUGCCAAGCCUGGCCGCUUCCCCCCAGAGUUUGGUGUCCACUCUGCAAGCAGUACGCUCCCUGGCCCCGUCCCUUCAUCCAUCUCUCCACGCUACUGCUCUCUUCCCCUUGCUGCCGUCCGUCUUCGCGUGCGCCCGGCACAGCCACGUGGCAGUGCGGCUGGUCGCCGGCCGCUGCAUCGCGACCCUCGCAGAAGCGGCGACCGAGUUGGUAAUGCUCUCCGUUCUGAGCACGUUAACACCGAUGCUGGGAGACGCGCAGAGCGCCGGAGCGCGGAGGGGCGCCGCCGGGGCGAUCGCGGCGCUCGUCAACCGACUCGAGCCGAACAUUUUGGUCCCGUAUUGUCCGCUUCUAGUUGUGCCACUCCUGGGGCGAAUGGCAGACCCGGACGAGCGAGUUCGGCGGAGCGUAACGCACAGCUUUGCAGCGCUGGUGCCGUUACUCCCCCUGGCACGGGGCGCGCCGCCGCCGCGCGGGCUCGACGGGACGGUGUUGAAAACCGCCGAGGACGCCCGGUUCCUGGAGCAGCUCCUCGACAGCCGGCACACCGAGGACUACCGGUUGCCUAUUCACAUCAACGGAACGCUCCGGCGGUACCAGCAGGAGGGUGUGAACUGGCUCGCCUUUUUGAAGCGCUUCAAACUGCACGGGGUGCUCUGCGACGACAUGGGACUCGGGAAGACCCUCCAGGCGACCGCGAUCGUCGCGGCCGCGGCCGCGGAGCGCGCGGCCGCGCGCGCGCGCAUGCCCGCGCCUGACAACGCGCCGCUCCCGAGCCUCGUGGUCUGCCCGCCCACUCUAGUUGGCCACUGGGCGUUCGAGAUCGAAAAGUUCGUGGGCGAGAAAGUGCUCUCGCCGCUGCAGUACCAGGGCUCGCCGGCCGAGCGCGCGCGCGCGCGCGCGCUCUUCCCGCGCCACAGCGUCGUGGUCAUGAGCUACGACUCGCUGCGGAAGGACGUGGAGGAACUAGAGGGGGUCGCGUGGCUGUACGUCAUCCUGGACGAGGGCCACGUCAUCAAGAACGCGAAGUCGAAGAUCGCGGAGGCGGCGAAGCGGGUGCGCGCGGAGCACCGGUUGAUCCUGAGCGGGACGCCGAUCCAGAACAACGUGCUCGAGCUGUGGUCGCUCUUCGACUUUCUGAUGCCCGGGUUCCUGGGCACCGAGCGGGAGUUCAACGCGAAAUACGGGAAGCCGCUCGCCGCGGCGCGGAAUCCGAAGUGCACGCCGAAACAGGCGGAGGCGGGGGUUCUGGCACUCGAGGCGCUGCAUAAGCAGGUGAUGCCUUUCCUGCUGCGGAGGACCAAGGAGGAAGUCCUCACGGACCUUCCCCCCAAGAUCAUCCAGGACCGUAUAGUCGAUCUGAGCCCCCUCCAAGUCAAGCUCUACGAGGACUUCUCCCGCAGUGACGUCAGGCAUGAGGUCAGCAGCCUCGUGCAGGGCGCCGACGCGGUCACGGCGGUCCCGGAGCAGGCGUCGACACACGUGUUCCAGGCGCUACAGUACCUACGGAAGCUGUGCAGCCACCCGCUCCUAGUUGCUGGCGACGCACCCGAGCGCGUGGCGGCCGCGCAGGCGGAGCUCCCGAGCACGAGCGGCCGGGGGGGCCUUCACAGCCUGGAGCACUCCCCCAAGCUGGUCGCCCUCAAGGAGAUCCUGGACGAGUGCGGGGUCGGGUCGGAAGGGGAAGAGGCCGGGGGGCAGCACCGAGUGCUCAUCUUUGCCCAAUUGAAGGGCUUCCUGGACAUCAUCGAGAAGGACCUGUUUGCGACGCACAUGCCGGGCGUCUCGUACCUGCGCCUGGACGGCGGCGUCGAGGCGUCGAAGCGCUUCGACGUCGUGCGCCAGUUCAACGCGGACCCGACCAUCGACGUCCUGUUGCUCACCACGCACGUCGGUGGCCUGGGCUUGAAUCUGACGUCAGCCGAUACAGUGGUUUUCGUCGAGCACGACUGGAACCCCAUGAGAGACCUGCAGGCGAUGGACCGGGCGCACCGGCUGGGCCAGCAGCGCGUGGUGAACGUGUACCGGCUGAUCACCCGGGGCACGCUCGAGGAAAAAAUCAUGGGCCUGCAGCGCUUCAAGCUGAGCAUCGCCAACACCGUCGUUUCAGCGGAGAACGCGAGCCUGGAUACCAUGAACACCGGGCAGCUACUGGACCUCUUCAGCGUCAGCAAGGGAGCGCAACAGCCUUCGGCCGGGCCGCUAUCCGACGACGCGGCCGCUGCUGCCGCGGUGGAGGGCGGGGGAGUUCCCGCCAAGGGCAAGGGCCUCAAGGCCAUGCUGGGCACGCUCGAGGAGCUGUGGGACGAGUCACAGUACAGCGAGGAGUACGACUUAAGCAACUUCCUCACAAAGCUGAAGAAGUAACCACAUGCUUGUUGUUCGGCCAAAUUGUCACUAAUAUUGCGUCAAAUAUAUUCAAUAUUUUGGAGUGGCAAGCUCCUCGCUCCUCU